AUGUCAACAUUCCCACAUUUCGGAACUGCUGCAAUUCAUGUUGGACAAGAACCAGAACAAUGGGAUAUGAAUCAAGUUGUUCCACCAAUUAGUCUUUCAUCAACAUAUAAACAAGAUAAUCCAGGAGAGCCAAAAGGACACGAUUAUUCACGAGCUGGAAAUCCAACAAGAGAUGUUCUUCAGAAAAAUUUGGCCGCUUUGGAAGAUGCUAAACAUUGUACGUUCACAAAUAUUAUUUAAGCAUACUAUUUUCAUAUUACAAAUUUAAUUUCAGGUCAUGUUUAUGCAUCAGGACUUGCUGCUUCAAUGUCAGUUAUUAAUAUUCUCAAAACUGGUGAUCACGUAAUCUGCUCGGAUGAUGUUUAUGGAGGAACUCAAAGAUUUUUGCGCAGAGUUUCAGUGCCAAAUCAUGGACUUCAAGCUGAUUUCGUUGAUUUGACAAAUAUUUCAAAUUUGGAGAAAGCAAUCAAAUCAAACACAAAAAUGAUUUGGUUCGAAUCUCCAUCAAAUCCAUUAUUGAAAGUUGUUGAUAUUGCUGCAGUUGUUCAAACCGCAAAAACUGCGAAUCCAGAAAUUUUGGUUGUUGUUGAUAAUACUUUUAUGAGUCCAUAUUUCCAAAGACCAAUUUCAUUAGGAGCUGAUAUUGUUGUUCAUUCAAUCACAAAAUAUAUCAAUGGACAUUCUGAUGUUGUUAUGGGAGCUGUUAUUACUGAUAAUGAUGAGAUUCAACAACAUUUAUUCUUCCAACAAUUAGCUGUUGGAGCUGUUCCAUCUCCAUUUGAUUGUUUCUUGGUUAAUCGUGGUCUCAAAACUCUUCAUAUUCGAAUGCGUGCUCAUUAUGAAAAUGCUCUUGCAAUUGCAAAAUAUUUGGAAUCAAAUGAUCGUAUUGAAUCAGUUCUUUAUCCAGCUUUACCUUCUCAUCCAAAUCAUCAAGUUCAUAUUAAACAAACAAAAGGAAUGUCUGGAAUGAUCUCAUUCUAUUUGAAAGGAGGAUUAGAGCAAUCAAGAACAUUUUUGAGCUCAUUGAAAGUUUUCACAUUAGCUGAAUCAUUAGGAGGAUAUGAAUCAUUGGCUGAAUUACCUGCAAUUAUGACACAUGCGAGUGUUCCAGCUGAAGUUAGAAAAGAAUUAGGAAUCAGUGAUAAUUUAAUUCGAAUCAGUGUUGGAAUUGAAGAUUUGGACGAUUUAAUUGCUGAUUUGGAUCAAGCUUUGAAAUCAGCUGUGAAAGUAUAA